AACCCAAUGCCCUUCUAAUUGUGAAGAACACUCUGGGCAACAGUAGAUAGCUUUUUUUUAAGUCCACACGUUGGAUAGUGAGACUGUUCUUUCCCAGCUGAUAAAGGAAUUCAGGGUUACUAUACCGAAACAUGCAGAGCUGCACAGACACAGCUUUGGAAAGCAUUUCUCUGUAUUUCCAGAAAAUCACAGAUUUGUGCAAUAAAAAUGCAGAUUUUCCUGAAGAACUACACACCUGUCUCCAAACAGCCUCUUCCAUUAUCAGCAAAUUGACACAUUUCCCAGAGAAAGUUGAAAGUGAUGAUAUAAAAUGUCCUGGAACAAUAUGCAGAGAUACAUACCAAGAAAUGGCUGAAGUUAGAGAACACACAGGCAACACAAUUCAUAAAAUGCUUCUGCAACUAACAGGAGCCAAACACAUUCUGUAUCUUCCUGACUGUUCCAGCUCUUCCGUGCUUUCUUCUUUGGGUGUUCUAGUACCAGAAGAUGGCAGGAUAGUUGUGGGAAUGUCUGACUUACACGAAAAAGAAGUAACCCAAGGAUCACUAUGGAAGGAGAGCAUUGACAUGAGAAUAGGACCAACCACUGACAUUUUGAAGGAGUUGGUAGCUUCAGGCGAGCAAUUUGACACGGUGUUUAUCGAUGCUACAGAGCAAAAUCUUAUAAACUAUUACAACUUGAUUAUAAGCAGCAAUAUGUUAAAAAUGAAUGGUGUGAUCUGUUUGCAAACGAAGACAAGCCAAAUGAAUAGCAGCAAUGAAAAUGAAACUGUGGCCAGGAAAAUAACAGAUGUAAUUAACGCCGACCCUGGGGUGGAACAGAUAUUUUGUCCUGGAUAUUGUUCAGUUACCGUUGCAAAAAGGAAACCGUUACCACCCACUGUUGUCCUGGAGAAAGGCAUAUCCAAUGAUGCUGUGUUUUCGGGCUACAACAGAUGUUGCAUACUAGACCGUCUUCGUUUGGAUGGAAAGGUAGCCUAUGUGACUGGAGGUGGACAGGGGAUUGGAAGAGCGUUUUCCCAUGCUCUUGGAGAAGCUGGUGCCAAAAUUGCCGUUAUUGACAUAGCACUUGAAAAGGCCAAGACUGUGGCACUCGAAUUAGAGUUAAAAGGAAUAAAAUCUGUUGCUAUGGCAGCUGAUGUGAGCAAAGAAGAAGAUGUACAAAGGAUUGUGGACAAUAUUGUAGCUAAUUGGGGAAGGAUUGACAUAGCAUGUAACAACGCUGGAAUUAACAUGAAUUCGGCAAGUGAAGAUACCACUUUGGAAGAAUGGGAUAAAACAUUUAACGUGAAUUUGCGAGGACUUUUCAUGUGCUGUCAGGCUGCAGGCCGUGUUAUGCUGAGUCAAGGAUAUGGGAAGAUAAUUAAUACUGCGUCUAUGGCGAGUUUAAUAGUUCCUCAUCCCCAGAAGCAGUUGGCGUAUAACACAUCAAAAGCAGGAGUGGUGAAACUUACACAGACAUUGGGCACAGAAUGGAUUGACAGAGGAGUUCGAGUGAAUUGUAUAUCACCGGGCAUAGUAGACACACCAUUGAUACACACAGAUGCGCUUAAGCCUCUCGUUCAGUGCUGGAUGAAUGAUAUUCCUGCGGGGAGACUGGCUCAAGUAACAGACCUCCAGGCUGCAGUUGUGUUUUUGGCAUCCGAAGCUUCAGAUUACAUGACGGGACACAAUUUAGUCAUCGAAGGAGGCCAGAGCCUUUGGUAGAAAGUAGCACGGUGUGAUAUCAAUAACACGGGAAAAAAAGCCGUAAGCACAGUGAUAUACAACGCAAGAUGAGCCUUCAUUAGCACAUAAAAAAUAAGGAUUGAUAUUGUACCAUUAUUUAAAUCAUACAAUUGAAACAUCAUAAACUAUAAAUUACCUCCUAAGAAUACAUUUGUUACUUCCCUGUACUAUUACAAAGACAAGUAAUUAACUUAUGUCAGAUAAUAAAUGCGAAAAUGAAUAUCAUCUUGUUCUAGAAAA